CGUUGCUCGUGGUUGAUUGGUUGGGAAGAAAAAAAAAGUUCCGAGGCAUUGAAAAACAAGGUUUAGCCGUUUAGAGAUGGAGCAUAUGGAAAACAAGGUGGUUUAUCAUACGAUUGUCGAUGCUGAUAAUAAAGGAACAGUUGAUGAUGAGUGUGAUCUUGUUGGUUCUUUUUCUUCUUCCGAGUCUGAUUCAAUUGAAGAAGUAGCAUCCCCUUCUUCUUCUUCUUCUUCAGAUCAGCUUGCGGCUGACCCUUUGAGUGAUAUGUCUUCUUUGUUUCAACAACUUCCCAUUAAUAGGAGAGGGCUUUCCAAGUAUUACCAGGGGAAGGCACAGUCAUUCACUUCAUUAGCAAAAGUGAGGAGCUUGGAGGAUCUUGCUAAACCAGAGAAUCCAUACAACAAGAGGUUAAAGUCUUGUAGAAGCUACGGAGGGGGAAUGGGUGAGACACAAAGAGUAAAGUGCAGUACUCCUAGCUAGACUGCUAUCUCUGGGCAUGUUUCUUAAAGAGGAUUGAUCAGGUGAUGAUACUUCAUGGGUACCAGGCCUCCAAUCCCACCUCGCUCUUAGAUCUACCAGUACAAGCGCCAUUCCUAAUCAAACUGCUUUGUUUGUAUCAAAGCUAGGGAUGAAAAAUUUACACUUUUUUUUUUUAUUUCUUUGUAAAUUAAUAAUUGAGAGUUAUUUGCUGUUGGUAAUUUGUAACCAUAGUCUUUCUUAAAAAAUCAU